UAGUCAAUCGUUAUUCAUUAAUGUACCAACUAAUAGUAGAGGAGAGGAACCAAAUUUGAGACAGGCGCCUAAUUUGAGACAGUGGUGUAACUUUGAAUCUAUGUAGCGCCAUCUUCUAUUAAUACCAAAAAGUGUUGAACUAAGACGCAGUAGUAUUCUAGAUGUGUUUACAGUCUAGUUUUGCACAUGGUUUGCUGAGACAUCACAACUUGUUGCUUGUUCAGAGUCGAAAAUAUUUUUAAUAGUGCGAGAAAAGUGAUUACUAAAAGUGAGGUAAGAUACUUAGAACACUUGUCUGAUAUAAAUUUAGUAGCUUACAAAUACCUUAUUUAUUUUCUUUUUCAAUAUUGUGAUUUUAUUUUAUUACAUAACCUAAAUAUGCUUGUUUGAACUUCUUAACGGAAAAUUCCUAAUUUGAGAUACCCAAGUGUUCCUAAUUUGAGACUAUCUCAAAUAAGGGCCCUGUAUCAAGAGAUUAUCUUUUAUUUUUUUUAUAUUGCAGAUGCCACCGAAACACAAAAAGUGGAACCCAAAUGACAUGAUAAAGGCCAUCGAAGCUGUAAAGAAUAAGGAGAUGGGUUAUUUGAAAGCCGCAAAAGUUUUUGGAGUACCUAAAGGGACCGUAUGAAAGAUAUGUUAGAUCCGGUAAGGAUCCAAGAGAACUUGUAGACACACCAAUUGGUCGCAAGACUAUUCUUUCCCCUGAACUUGAAAAUCAGUUAGUACAAUAUGCAUUAGCUAUGGAAGAGCGAUUUUUUGGCUUACGUGCGCGUGAUAUAAAGCGUUUGGCAUUCCAGCUUGCGUUACGAAAUAGCAUAUCUCAUCCUUUUAAUGGACUUAAAAAAUCAGCAGGAAAGAAAUGGCUACGACUAUUUCUAAAAAGACAUCCUCAGCUAUCCAUGAGAACGCCACAAGGCAUGUCAGCUGCUCGUAUAAAGUCUUUCACCCCUGAGAAAGUCUCAAGCUUUUUUGACCUAUAUGAGGCCGAAUAUAACAAAAUUCUAAAUCCUUUUCACAGGAUAUUCAAUGUAGACGAAACGGGUAUUACUGUGGUUCAACAUAAGCACACUAAGGUUCUCUCUCUUAGAGGAAAGAAGCAGAUUGCAUCACUUACUUCAGCAGAGAGGGGUAAAUUGGUCACAGUAAUUACUUGUAUGAACGCUUCAGGCGUGUAUGUACCACCACUGUUAAUCUUCCCCAGAAAAAAUAUGAAAACAGAGCUAAUGUUAGGAGCCCCAAAUGGAGCAAUUGCGGAAUGCCAUAUAUCAGGUUGGGUACAGGCAGAUAUUUUUACCCGAUGGUUAAUCACUUUAUAAAAUUUACAAAGCCUACUGCUUCUGAUCCAGUUCUUUUAGUAUUAGAUGGUCAUUAUUCUCACACAAGGAACAUUGACCUGAUAGAUUUAGCAAAACAAAAUCAUGUGGCAAUAAUAUGUCUUCCACCACACUCAACAAACAAGAUGCAACCAUUAGAUGUCUCGUUUAUGUCACCAUUAAAGACUUUCUAUGCACAGGAAAUAGAGAAUUGGCUUCGAGAGAAUCAGCUAAGUACUGUUUCCCCAUAUGCAAUUUCUAGCAUUUUUUGCAAAGCUUACAAUCGAGCUGCUACAAUGGAAACCUCUUGUAAUGGAUUUCGGAAAACAGGACUGGUGCCUAUCAACAGAAAUAUUUUUAGAGAGUCCGAUUUUAGCGUUCAUCGGGUGGAAGAUCGGAUUGACACCGUAGAUCCCUGUGAAGUAGACCAUCAAGGUGAUGAUACAGCACAGCAAAUACAUGAGAAUGCGGCUACUUCUGCUGAUUUCACAGGUGAUAAUCUAGUGAAUCAAGAUGCAAGUACUUCUAUCGCAAACGAAAUUGCAAGCAUCACUAAUUUCGUAGACACUGUAGAAUUUAGAGUGCAACAACGAACACCUAGCCCGAAUUUAGAACAACAAAUACAAUUUAAAUUAGUCUCUCCAACCGAUAUUUGUCCUUUGCCCUCAUAUAAAAAACAAAAUACAGUGAGCAGAAGAUCAGGAAAGGCAGUAGUCAUUACUCACACGCCAUAUAAGAAAGAGUUGCAGGCAAGCUUAGAGAAAAGACAGAUGAAAGCAAUUCCCAAAAAAAAAUUGGAUGCUAAUUUAAACCAAAAUAGCAUAUCCACACAAAAUCAACCCUCCACAUCUGGAGCUAAUAGGUCAAUCAACCAGAACCAGCCUUCUACAUCUAGUGCUAAAAGGUCCAAAAGGAUUCGGAUACCUUCCCACUCCAGUUCAAGUUCAGAAUCUAGCGGAAGCCUUAAGUUGGAUGAUUUAUCCUCAGACGAAAGCGGUGGAAGCGAUGCUGAAUGCUUAUUUUGUACGGGUCGAUUUUCUGAAGAUAAGAAGGGCGAAAAAUGGGCCAAAUGCAGCCAUUGUAGUAGAUGGGCACAUGAAGAUUGUGGAGAGAUUGCCAAUAAAAUUUUCAUUUGCACUUUCUGUGAAGGGAAGGGGUUUUUCGAAUAGUAUCUUAAAUAAGGGUACCUAUCUCAAAUUUGGAUAACUAUCUAUCUCAAAUUAGGGAACCAGCUGUAAAUCUACAAAAAUGUUUACUUUUAUUUAAAUACACUUUUCGCCUGUAAAAGAAAACAUUUAUAGUUAUUUUUUUUAGUUUAGAGUAUGCUAGGAGCAUAAAAUCGCAAGUUUAUUUAAAUAUAUAACCUUGUUUAAAACAAAAAGUAUUUUAUUUUCCCUUCACAAAAAAAGUAUCUCAAAUUUGGUUCCUCUCCUCUACUUUCAAUUGAUUGCGCCACCACUUUAUGAUGACGAGCUUU